UAACCUCUAAGCUCACAGUGACGACACACCACCACGCGAGACACGAGACAAGAGGACGUUCCUAUGUGCACUACCAGUGCUGUAAAUCUACAGUGCACGUAACGUGAACUAUAGAUCUUCAGUUGGCAGGAAUAUCGGAAGACAGCCAUGGCGGCGUCCCCCCCCCCCUGGGGCACCUGAGUGCGCCGUUGCUGUGUCGUGUCGCAUGUGAUUCGAAUCCGUCAGCGGGACUUAUCGAUGAUAUUUUCAUCCUCUUUGUUUCGCGGUCUAUGUUACGUGGUGCGAAUCGCUGCAAUAGACGUCGAUAAUGUAACGGGGAAAACCUGAUUCCGCAGCAAUGUCCAAAUUCAACGGAUUGUCCUUUCUUUGCUGUUUGUCGGCUAUUAUCGCCUCGCUCCCAGCUCCGACAUCUUCAGCCUCUUACUGCGAAGUACCUGAAUCUAAUAUAAGUUUUGUAUAUAACUUGACGAAGUUAUGGUCAGAUGAACGGGACAUUAUUAUUAAGCAUGCUGAUGAAACGAUACGUAUGCAGUUAUGUACCUCGCUGAAAAAGAAAUGCAACAAUCGAGACGGAUACGCGAUAUGCCUGAUGAGAAACGAUACGGAGAAAGGAAUAGGCAAGUUUCCUCCAAAGAUAAAUAAUACACCUGGAAAGAUAUCAUUUAUUUUUACGGGUGAUAAUUGCACGCCUGAAACCAAAUAUACAGUACAAAUCAUUAUGCAGUGUGAUUACAAUGUGGAAGAUAACUCGCACCCUGAACUAUUUCCACACAGGGAUGAACAAUGUAACUUAUUUAUGAUAUGGAGGACAGCCUUCGCUUGCGCACCCAGAACUAGAACAAAUUGUACGGUUACCUAUAACGAUUUGCAUUUUGACUUGAGUCCCUUGACGAGAUCUUCGGAGAAUUAUGCGAUUCGAAUGGGCACUGACGCAAAGUCACCCAAGAUAAUGCUAAACGUCUGCCAGUCUGUAAUACGUCACGGUGCUGUAUGUCCAAUUAAGUCGGGCGCUUGUUUGGAUGAUCCUCAAAGAUCUAACAGAUACUCGAGUUUAGGAGAGGUGCGGAAACCUCCUUUCUUUCGGAAUGGAAGCUUACAAAUCGAGUACCAGGAUGGAGCACUGUGCACAGAAAAUAUUACAACGCCACAUGUUAAAACGACUAUUAUGUUUAUAUGUGAUGUAGAAGCUACGGAAAGUAUUCCAGAAUAUAUUGGAGGGAGAGAAGAUUGCCAUUAUUACUUGGUAUGGUACACCGCUGCGGCGUGCAGUAUCGAGUCCCUACGUAGUUACAGCUCGAAAACAGCAGGCAGAUGCACCGUUACGAAUCCAGUUACGAAUUUCACGUACAACUUGCAGUCAUUGAUGAACGAAACCUCUGCGGUCACAAAUAAAAACGGCAUGCAGUACAAAUUGAAAGUGUGCGGCGCGCUUACGGACAACGCGUGCAAAACUAACGCAGGAGUAUGCAAUCCGAGAAAUGGUACCUCGUUAGGCCAGGCUAAUACAAAUCUGAAAUGGCAGCAGGGUGGCCCCUAUCUAAAUUAUACCAACGGGGAUUUAUGCGGGAACGGGAUGCGCCGCUAUACAAUUAUCGCGUUUUUCUGCGGGCCAGAAGGAUCGGCCAGUUUCCCAGUGCUUAUGGAGGAGCGUCCUUGUCAGACCGUCAUACACUGGAAUACGGACCUAGUUUGCGAGAAACGAAUUAAAUGCGCUACUGAUAAUGACGAUGAGAUUAAUCUAACUCCUCUCAUAAAAUCUACAAAUAAUUACGUUGUAAGAGCGAAUGACGUUGAAUUUCACAUAAAUGUGUGCCGACCGUUAGUUCUCACUCAAGGCCUUACGUGUGCACAUGGCAGUGCUGCCUGUAAAGUUUCGGUAACGUCUCAGAACGAAUAUAUCAACGAAGUCAGCUUGGGAUUUCCCGAGGAGAGCCCCACGCUAAAUAAGGAUCUUCGAACGGUGUUACGUUACGUCAAUGGAUCGCAGUGCCCGGAGGAUCCAACUAGAUUGAUAUCUUCAAAUUUUACGUUUGUUUGUGCUAAUAACAAUCAGGGACUUCCGGUGUACAAGCACUAUGUUAAUUGCACUUAUGUGUUUGAAUGGAAUACUAGUAUAGCGUGUGGAGCCGUAAUUGGAGAUUGGUCAUCACCGUGCACCAUAAAGGAUAGUUUCCGUUCUUACGAGUACGAUCUUUCUUUGCUGUAUAAAGAGCAACAGGUGAAAAACAAACAAGGCAAAUAUGGCAUAAAUAUUUGCGGUGGAGAAAACUAUUGCACCGGCUCCGCCGUGUGUCACGAGGGCAACGGCUACGGAUCGCUGGGGAGUGUAAUUUUCGAUUACAGUCGGCACGACGUAAAGCUUAAAUAUUCGAAUGGCAGUAAAUGUAAUAAUAAUUCCUACACGUCCGAAGUAAGAUUUAUCUGUAAUGAAUCCAUCGGCAUUGGCGCACCCAGGCUGUUAUUGGAAUCGCAAUGCAGCGCGGAGUUUGAAUGGCAUACCGAAGUAAUUUGCGCGAAACAUGCCAAUUCUCAUCACGUAGAUCGAGAAGAACCGGGAUCAUCAUCCGGGAUUCCGAAGGAAUUGUCCCCUAGUCAUGGUGGAACGGUAGCUGUCGUAUUAUUGGCUGUGAUCGCGGCGCUAGCCGCUUUAAUUUACUUUCGAAAUCCGGGAAGGAGAACGUGCUUUCGCUCUUGGGCGAGUAUCUGCAGUUUUAGAAGAGGGGAUGGUCGCGUUCAAUACUGUAGGGUCGACACCACCGAAGAAGCUAGACUUCUGCUCGACGCUUCCGAUCCUACGCAGUGUCAAACUGACAGCGACGAUGAUCUUCUACACGCGUAGCGAAAUUGUAGCGAACUAUGUACACUUAACUUUAUCUUCGAUAUUUGUAUAUCUGUAAAUUGAAAAAUAAACCAUCCUGUAAAAACCAACG